AAACUUGUUGAAGAAGCCAUGCAACGUUUAUCUGCUACCUUGUACCGUAAAAUGGCUCAUCGAUCAUCAUGCGACGUGUUCAUAAAUCAUCGAGGAGUCGACACCAAGAGGAACAUCGCGGGGUUGUUGUACGAUCGGUUGACGAAGAUGGGAGUGAGAUCGUUUCUGGAUAGCAAGAAUAUGAAACCUGGGGAUAGGUUGUUUGAUCAUAUUGAUAGAGGAAUUCUUGGUUGCAAAGUUGGUGUUGCGGUUUUUUCGCCGACUUAUUGUGACUCUUAUUUUUGUCUCCAUGAGCUUGCUCUUCUCAUGGAGUCGAAGAAGAGAGUUAUCCCGAUUUUCUAUGAUGUUAAGCCUUCUGAGCUUGUUGUUAAGGAUAAUGGAAGUUGUCCUGUUAAAGAGCUUCGAAGGUUUAGUGCUGCAUUAGAGGAAGCUAAAUUCACUGUUGGAUUGACCUUCGAUUCUUCCAAUAGGGACUGGUCGGUGUUGUUAAGAGAUGCUUCAGAAGCAGUGAUCAUGAACUUGUUGGAGGUAGAAGAAGCGCGUAAGCUCAUGAAGAAAAAAACAUUGAAUACUAAUCACAAGUAG